AUGAAGCUCUUUCGUGCUCUAAGUGUAUCAGCUUUAUGCUUUUUGACAAGACAUACGUGCGCAGCUGUUCCAGUAUUCGAGGAUGCUUUGCCUCUUGUGGCAGAAGAUGAUCGCACGAAUAGGAACAGCAACUUUUCGAGGAAUAGAUCAACAGAGUGGCGGGAGAAACAUGAACGAAGAAUGGCAAAUUAUAUAUUGCAAGAGGUGAACAAUUGCAGAACUCUGUUGCCAAGUGAUAGCGGUUUUUUGGUCCAUAUAGACUACUCAAAAACCUAUUUACGGCCAAAUCAAGAAAAUACGAAUGAACCACGACCAAGCUCAAUGGUACAGAAACGAGUUUUGCACAAAUUGGUAAAGACCUGGAAAAGCAUGCCAACCGAUCAACGUUUACAAGCUGUAGGUAGUUUGGCAGGUGUGUUAGCUUUGCCUGCUUUCCUUACUGGUGCUGCUCAAGCUUGGGAUGCGGAACAAAUUCAAAAGAUCAAACAAAAAGCAGCAGAAGCUGAAGUGGCAAAACAUAAAGGCGGAAAGCGAAAAGUAGUAAAAGAAAGUACUUCUGUUAUGCCUCCGCCACCUCCUUCGGCUUUCAAUCAUGUAAAAAGAGAUGAGAUCAUGGUCUUGUUGGAUGAAGUGCAAGAUGAUGGAGGUGAACGCAAGGAACAACGUGGUCUAGGAGGAACGAUCUCAAAAAGUAUGGGACAUGUUCAUUUGCCUACUGUUCGCCCAUCUGCGAGUCAUGCUGCAAGUCGUGCUGCAAGUCAUGCAGGUAGCCAUAUGAGUACGGCCAUGAGCAGACCCGUUUCAUCAGCUCCAAAGCAAGCGAGUGCAAUAAAGGACCCGAAUCCCACCGUUGCUCGGGUUCUAUCUUGGACAGGUGCAAUGACAAGUUUGAUGUACAUUCCUGCUGCUUAUCAAGCCAUUCACAAGGCACAGUACGUUACCGAUGACGACGCACAUGCAUAUAGACGUAGAGGGAUGGAUGAUGAAGAAGAGAUACCAUCUGACCAAUUGCCGCUUGUGACAUGCAUACCAGUUGCACGAAAAGGUUUGAAUUAUGUCAUUCCAGAAGGAGCUUUGAACUCGCAAAAUGUUCUAUCUUCUUUCUCGUCAUCAACGCCAAUUUAUGAAGAUACGGUUUUGGGUCGACGCGCUGAAUCCGCUGCGCUGAACAAGGUUGGAAAGCAUGCAAAGCUUGUUGGAAUUGCUGGUAUGGGUGUUGGCUUGGGAUGGUUGAUGCAUCAACUCAAUCAACGAAGAGAUCAAAUAGAUAUGGAUUCGGAGCGUGAGAAUAUGCUUACACGUAGAGAUGACCCCGACAUGGAUGAAACCGAAGAUUUGGAACGCAGAUGGAAGCCAGGUAAAGGUUCUGUUCUUACAGCAGCCAUGUUUGCUGGUACUGCACUAUCUGCAUCUGGUUUGGGAGUUCCGCAAUUGCAUGCUACAGUAACAGAGGAUCCUAAAGCUGGAAAUCUGAAACAACGUUUACAAAAACGUGACCAAGUUGUUCUGCAGCGGCGAUCGCUCAGACAUCAAUUAGGAAGAGCAGCAACAGAUAAAGUGACAAUGUUCUUGGCAACAACAGCCACAGCGUAUGGCGCUGUCAAGACAGGGGCUGCUUCUGCAUUGUACAAUGCAGUCGUGAAUCCGAAUCAAAAAGCCAAUCCUCCCCAGCCACAUGUAAGAAGGGAUGAGGACUCGAUCGAUUCUUUACCUGAUGAAGAUCAACCUGUGCUGCUAGAUGAUGAUUCUUGCUCAGAGAACGAUUGUCAGUUUGAGCGUCGAAGCGGAAGAAAGACGACUAUUUUUGCUGCUGCUCUGCUAGGAACCUUCUUAGGCCAGAGAACAGGUAAAUCAGGCCAAGAAAAGGAGAACAAGCAAUAUCUCGAACAAAUCGGUCAAGGUCCACCCAAACAAAGAAGAGCCGUUGAAAGCAAUGCUUUUCCUGAUUUUGUAAUGCAGGACGGCGGAUUGGUUAAACGAGCUCCAGGCAAGAAUUCAGAAGUUGCCGAAACUGCUUCUACAGCUGUCAAACCUUACAUUCUUCCCGGUGCGGUGGCAGCGACAACUAUGGCUGCUUCUUUUGCAGGUCGAAAAGCAGUAAAGAAUUCCUCAAAGAAAGAGUUGGAUAGACGAGACAUGGCACCCGUACUUGUCAAAAGAGGUGGAAAAGGUGGAGAACUCGGUAAGGCAGCCUCUAACCUUGUAAGACAAGCCAGCAAAGGCAAAGGGCCUGCCAUUCAGCAUACUGUCGCCGAAACGGUGUCUAUGACCCAUAUAAAUCUUGGUCAUCAUGGGGGCACUCCUCAUGUUGAAGCUCAUCACGUCAACCGUGGCGGUGGAAAAUAUCAUGCUCAACAACAUUCGUCCAGUCGUCACAGCGGUAGUGGAAGUAAUAGCGGUGGAAGCGUUCAGUCAAAGCCUCAUUUGGAAAGACAAGGUUCGACCGCAUCUUCUGCCUCUUCAUCACCGUCUAGCCCUCAUCAAGGGCAUCAUUCACCCAAGCACGAGCCAAACGAACAAGUCAAACAGUUUUAUAAAGACAAUCCAGACGUAGCAAUUCCAUCAAGGGUGGAAGAAGUUCAUCGAAUUCAUCAUCCUGCUCCUUCCGAGCAUAACGGAGCUCAUGCUCAAGAAGGCGCAAAGAAGAAGUCAUCGAAAGGCAAGAAAAUCGCGUUUGCAGGUGUUGGUGCAGCUCUUGGUGCUUUCGGUCAUCAUCAGUACACAAAUGCUGUUGACGCAAAAGCACAGGCUGCUCAACAACAAGCUGCACAAGAGCCUGCCCCAGACGCUGCUGCUCCGCCGGCAAAGCGCUCGUUGGAAAAACGUUCUCCUCAGGGCAGACGUCGUAGACGAGGUCGUGGAGGUGGUGGCGGUGGUGGUGGCAAUCAUGGGCAUGGUGGUAGCAUGACGACCUUCAAAAUGGUUCAUCAGCAUACUUUUGAUCAUUAUCUCCAGCCAGUCGGUCACCAAAUGAAGAAAGGAGGAGGUAAAAAGGGCGCGAUCGGAGCUUUAGUUCUGGGUGCAGUAGCAGGAGUUGUUGGUCAUGCGAUCUAUCACAAUUCAAAGGCAAAUCAGGCUGCAAAUCAGUCGCCACCCGUUGAUGCUGCUGAAGCAACUGCCCCACAACCUCCAGAACCAGCUAAAGAGGAGAAUCCACCACCAGCUGGGGGACCAGCACCUCCUGCCCCCGGUCCAAAGAAGAGAAGCCUUGAUGACCAAAGUGGUGCUGUAGAGAAACGAGAAGCUAAAGGAGGCAAGCUUGCCAGUGCGCUUACCGGAGGUUUGGUAGGAAUGGCAGUCGCGGGAUAUGGAUACGCUUUCACUCACGAUCAGCCUGGCACACGAAAGAAGCAUACUGUCCCUGUUGGUACAUUGCCGCAAAAUACAGAAGGCGCAACCAAGGCCAAAAAGCGAUCUGUGAAUGGUACACAGUGGCAGGAAGAGACCUUGACAGCCCCAGUCGUAGAAGUGGAGCUUGUGUCCGAUGAAGAUAAUCUUUAUGAUACAGAAGAUGUCAAAAGCGAGAAGCGUAACAUGUUGGCAAAGUACUUCAACAAGAUGACCCCAAAGCAAAAAAUCGGAGGAGCAAUAGCUGGGGGUAUAAUCUUGUCAACAGCGGCAGCAAUGGUUGAUCCAGGUGCAAAAGAAGCAACACGUCCAAUCACUAAACGUGAAGUGGGUGAUGAACAAUUGCUUGAAGAACGUGGAAGGUAUGGCAAAAAGGACGUUGCCAUUGUGAGCGCAAUAGCCGGUGUUGCUGGUCUUACCGGAUUGAUGAAACGUGAUGAAUCCAUGAUCGAAGCCAUCGAAGAAGACGAACCGAUCUAUCAGCACAUCGUAGAAAGAGGAAACCCUAGAUCUUUUCAAAAUCGUGCCUUUGCCAUCGCUGACUAUGCAACAAUCGCAUUGAUGGGUGGUACAUUGAUAAAGAACUCUGUAGGGGCUCUUUCAUCUUCGAAAGCCCAUCCGAAGCGGGAUUUGGUCAAUGCAAGCGAAGCUGCAUUGCUCACUAGACGAGAUUCGAGCUCCCUCGACGGAAAAACAGCUUUGUUACACCCAAUCGACGCGGAAUAUCAAUCGUUCCUCAGCAAACGAUCAACUGACGAAGAUGCGGUCGAAGAAGAUGUGGAAGACGUAUUCGAUGAUGUAUCUGGUGAUACGAUUUCACGAAGGACUGUAAAGAUGAUGAAGCUCAGUGGCCCAAUGACGCAUACUUUGGCUCGCAAAGCAUCCCAUGCUGCACCUGCUGCCGCUAAAGCUGCACACCCAUCGAUGGAUUCUUUGGUCGGGAAGAUGUCGAUGGCCACAAUUGCGGGGGCAAUUACUGCACCUAUUCUCAAAUCAGUUCUUGGUGGAUCUGGUUCACCAGCCAAAGGUGCAACUCCUUCACCCCCACCUGCAAAGCGGGACGUUGCUGCAGAUGUUUCAAUGGACAAGAGAGCCGAGUACAGCAAAUAUAUCGAAGCAGUAAAAAAAGAAAUUGCAGGAAAGCUGGAAAAGCGCGAUAUCUCAGAACCAUUAGACAAUCGGCAAGAGUUGAAAUUGCUCAAACGCAAAGCGGCUGAUGCUGAUUAUAGCAAGUAUAUUGAAGCUGUCAAAAAAGAAGUUGCAGGCAAGCCGAAGAAGCGUGAUAUCUUAGACGCAUUGGAUGGUUGGCAAGAACUAAAAAUGGUCAAACGUAAAGCAGCAGCGGCAGAGUAUGGCAAGUAUAUUGAAGCUGUCAAGAAAGAAGUCGCAGGAAAGCUGGAAAAGCGUGAUAUCUCAGAACCAUUGGAUGGUUGGGAAGAUUUAAAGAUGCUCAGACGCAAAACGGCAACUGCAGAUUACGGCAAAUAUAUCGAAGCAGUGAAAAGUAGCACAGAAAAGAAAUCUUAG